AUUUUGUUGCCAUUGGCACGAAUCACUCGAUGGAGUCUAACCUCAUUCCCAGCGAAUCAAGCGUCAAAUUAACUGCACUUGGUUUGUUGGGCGCAAUCGCUCUAGUAAGCGCAAUGGGAAUGUUUGGGGCAAAGAAUAACAUGCCCGUUGAGGGCAAGACUAUCCUGCUCACUGGCGGCUCAGAUGGCAUGGGCAGAAGCGUGGCCAUCAAGCUGGCGGCGAAGGGUGCCAAUUUGAUUAUAGUGGCACGAAAUGUCCAGAAGCUGGAGGAGACUAUCGCAGCAGUGAAAUCCGCAGCAAAAUCCCCCAAGAAGCAAAGGUUCCACCACAUAUCCGCCGACGUAGGCCAGCCCGGCUACGCCAUCAAGCUCCUGGAAGCCGCAACGGCAUGGAACGGCGGGCAACCUCCAGACAUCGUCUGGACGGUAGCCGGGAUCGCGCACCCGAGCUUGUUCGCCGACACCUCGGACGCCAUGCGCAUCUCGCGCCAGGCUAUGGACGUCAACUACUGGGGCACGGCGGAGCUGGCGCACGCGGUGCUGCGGGCGUGGUACGACCCGUCGAGUCCGGCCCCGGGCCCAGGCGCCGAGCCGCGCCACCUCAUCUUCACGUCGACGGCCGCCGUCAUGGCCAGCAUCGCGGGCUACGGCCUGUACGCACCGUCCAAGGCCGCCCUGCGCUGCCUCGCCGACGCCCUCAGCCAGGAGGUCCUGCUGUACCCGGACCACCCCGUCAAGGUCCACGUUGUGCUGCCCGGCACCAUCACCAGCGCCGCGUUCGAGAGGGAGCAGGAGAUCAAGCAUCCCGUCACAAAGGUGCUCGAGAAGGACGACCCAGUGCAGUCGCCCGAUGAGGUCGCAGAGGCAUCCAUCAGGGGCCUGGAGCGCGGCAACUAUCUCGUCACUGUCAACUGGCUGGGUGAGGCCUUGCGCUGGUCCAUGAUUGGAAGUUCUUGGAGGAAUAACUGGCUUGUCGAUAUCUUGGGCGCCUGGGUCGCCCAGAUUAUCUGGAUCUUUGCCCUUUGGGAUAUGCGCAGUGCCCUUGUCUCUCAUGCCAAGAAGCACGGAAGACCAGAUAAUCAAGUCAAGGAGAGUUCUGUGACUGGCUAA